GAUGCUCUCAAUUGGUAGAGUUGAGUUGUAACUCGUCGCGGUGGUCUAUAGUAGUAGCAGGAGGAUGUCGGGUAGUGAAGUAGUUAGAUGUGGGUGGGUGGGGAAGUAUACAGGAGCUGGCAGGGAGGACUAUGUGAAAGUGCUCCACCGCACUAUGAAUAUUUUCUUUCCCGGUUACCUUUCUAGAUACCACGAUAACGAAUGGGGGGUGCCCGUUGUGGCUGAUGAUCGCCUUAUGUUUGAGAUGAUCUCGCUGGAGGGAGCGCAGGCUGGCCUCAGCUGGGCGACGAUUUUGGCUAAGCGGAGCGGAUAUAAGAAAGCAUUCAAGGACUUUGAUAUCGAGGCGCUUGUGGGGGCAACAGAAGAGGCUUCAUCGAUGGAUGUUCUAGUCGAUGCUGUACUUGACAGUGGUUGUGAUGUGGUGAGAAGUCGAAGGAAGAUCGAGAGUGUGUAUAGGAAUGCGGAGGCGGCUAGAGCUGUUCGAGAGGAGUUUGGAGGUUUAUGUCAGUACAUAUGGCACUUCACAGGGGGGCAACAGGUCGUGAACAGUUGGACAAACGUUAGUGAUAUACCUUCGCAUACGGACUUAUCAAAGAGAAUAGCUGAGGAUAUGAAGAGGAGGGGAUUUCGGAUGGUGGGGCCGACCACAGUGUAUUCGUUGCUGCAAGCAGUGGGAGUCGUGAAUGAUCAUAUGGUUGCUUGUCAUCGAUAUAAAGCAUGCGUUAGGAAAAUGCAAGAUUGCAAGAUUACUACUAGUGUUGUUGGAGCGCAUCGUAAAGUAACUUUACGACGUAAACGAAAGCGAAGCGUUUGA